UGGUUGUUCACGCUCGUCCUCUUCCAAGUCCCGGGAACCUCGGCCCUAACACGUUCUUCAAUUUGUGAUCCGUCCGGAAACACAACCCGAAGAGUAUAGGUCCGCGUGGCGGAUGGACUCGCGAGACAGUACAGCACAAGCAAGCACAGAGGUGAAAGGUCACAAAAAUGGCGCUGGCCGCUCAACUAUUUCCCCGCUUUCUGCUCUCUCGGCCGUGGCUUGGUGGGGCUGCCCGGCUCCGGACUCCGGGUGCAGCUGAGGUGAGGCCGUCCUUGGCUGGACUUUGCUGUUUCUGCCGCCGCCACCUCGGCUCGGGAAUGACCCCAUUUCCUCGAGUCACUUUGUGUUCGGCAGCUUCAGCGCUGCCUGCUCGGGGGCCCCGUCGUCCCCUGCUCAGCCCUCCGGGGCUCUCCGCGGUUCUCCCCGCUUUCCCUGCCUGCCCUCGGCGCAGCUACAGCACCGAGGAGCAGCCCCAGCAUCGCCAGAAAACCAAGAUGAUCAUUCUGGGGUUCUCCAACCCCAUCAACUGGAUUCGGACUCGAAUUUACUCCUUCCUUAUCUGGGCCUAUUUCGACCAAGAGUUCAGCAUCGCAGAAUUCUCAGAGGGAGCGAAGCAGGCUUUUGCUCAUGUGUCCAAGUUGCUGUCACAGUGUAAAUUUGAUCUAUUGGAAGAACUUGUGGCCAAAGAGGUGCUACAUGUAUUGAAAGAAAAGGUUACUUCACUACCUGACAGCCAUAAAAAUGCCCUUGCUGCUGACAUAGAUGAAAUUGUAUACACUUCAACAGGAGACAUCUCCAUUUACUAUGAUGAGAAAGGAAGGAAGUUUGUUAACAUCCUGAUGUGCUUUUGGUAUCUAACCAGUGCCAAUAUCCCCAAUGAAACUUUAAGUGGAGCCGGUGUAUUCCAGGUUAAGUUGGGGGAUCAGAAUGUGGAAACUAAACAGCUUCUUAAUGCAAGCUAUGAAUUUCAGAGGGAGUUUACACAAGGAGUUAAGCCUGCCUGGACCAUUGCACGGAUUGAUCACUCAAAGUUGUUAGAUUAAGCUUUCUUGGAAAAAUCAGCUUUAUUGGACUUUUAGCAAUUGCUGUGAAACACUGAGGAAGAAAAGUUUUGGAUCAACUGAUCUUCACUUAGUCAAGUCUGUGGAUUACUUUUGUAUUAUUUCAGAAUACUCUGUAGUAUAUUAGCAUAAUACAAUAAAGCAUUUUCCACAGAUUGCUGUCACCUUCUGUAAAAGAGGUCAAAAUAAACUACAAAGCCUAUCGCUGAUGUUAUAUUCAGUAUCACUUCUAAUGUUACAUAUAUAUGUGUAUAUACACAAACUAAUUUGAUAGAUAAUAAAGAUAUCUAAAUGUUUCUAAA